AAGGGCGCGAUCCCUUUAAGAGCGGUCCCCUUUUCCAAACGAGCCGGCGACGGGCUUUCUUGUGCAGACUGGGUGCGAUGCUCAGGAGCCGGGGGCUGAUGUCAGUCCUUUUGUGGAUUGUGGGAAAGUAGAGCAUCACUCGCCUUAUUUCCACCCCCCCCCCAUCACCUUUGCAUGCCUGGUGCCUGGUGCCAAAGGAGCCUGCAGCCUGAAUCUCUUGGAAGGUGCAGAAUUCAAGGUGAUACAGGAAUCAGCAAGUACACAAGCCAGGAGCAGCACAGAACCCAGUUGUAUUGGAGUUAAGGCUGGACCAUGUCCACCAUGGUCUACCCCAGAGACGAGAGGUUGGAGAGACUGACCCAGGAUGAGAUUGUGAUGAACACCAAGGCGGUGAUCCAGGGGCUGGAGACCUUGAAGAACGAGCACAACUCCAUCCUCAACACCCUGCUGGACGCCAUGAAGUCCCUGCAGAAGGGCCAGGAGCCCAGCGUGGUGCAGGAGAAGUCCUGCCUGCUGCAGAAGUCCCUGGAGAGCAUCGAGCUAGGGCUGGGUGAAGCCCAGGUGAUCAUUGCCCUGUCCAAUCACCUGAACGCGGUGGAGUCGGAGAAGCAGAAGCUGCGGGCGCAGGUCCGCCGCCUGUGCCAGGAGAACCAGUGGCUGCGGGACGAGCUGGCGGGGACACAGCAGAAGCUGCAGCGCAGCGAGCAGGCAGUCGCGCAGCUCGACGAGGAGAAGAAGCACCUCGAGUUCAUGAACCAGAUCAAGAAGUUCGACGAGGACGUCUCCCCCUCUGAAGAGAAGAGUGGGGACUCGGGGAAGGAAACUCUCGACGAUCUUUUCCCGAACGAUGAAGAACAUUCUCAAGGACACCAGCCUCACACGGUGGGCGAUGCCGCUCAGCAUGGCGGCUACGAGAUCCCGGCCCGGCUGCGGACGCUGCAUAACCUGGUGAUCCAGUACGCCUCGCAGGGGCGCUACGAGGUGGCCGUGCCGCUGUGCAAACAGGCGCUGGAGGACCUGGAGAAAACCUCGGGGCACGACCACCCCGACGUGGCCACCAUGCUUAACAUUCUGGCGCUGGUGUACAGAGACCAGAACAAAUACAAGGAGGCGGCACAUCUCCUGAACGACGCACUCAACAUUCGGGAGAAAACCCUGGGCAAGGACCACCCAGCAGUGGCCGCUACCCUCAACAACUUGGCCGUCCUGUGUGGCAAGAGAGGGAAGUACCGAGAAGCCGAACCGCUCUGCAAGAGAGCCCUGGAGAUCAGGGAGAAGGUUUUGGGGAAGUUCCACCCGGAUGUGGCCAAGCAACUGAACAACCUGGCCCUGCUGUGCCAGAACCAGGGCAAGUACGAGGAGGUGGAGAGGUAUUACCGGCACGCCCUGGAGAUCUACGAAUCCCAGCUGGGACCUGAUGACCCCAACGUGGCCAGGACUAAGAACAACCUGGCAUCCUGUUAUCUUAAACAGGGGAAAUACAGAGAGGCAGAGUCCUUGUACAAGGAAAUACUGACCAGAGCACAUGAGAAAGAAUUUGGUUCAGUUAGUGGAGAGAAUAAGCCUAUUUGGAUGCACGCUGAGGAACGUGAGGAACAGAGCAAGAGCAAGCGGAGAGACGGUGUCCUGUGUUGGGAGUAUGGAAACUGGUACAAAGCUUGUAAGGUUGACAGCCCCACUGUGAACACCACACUGAGGAGUCUGGGAGCCCUCUACCGACGUCAGGGCAAACUCGAGGCUGCCGAGACUCUGGAGGAGUGUGCGACCAAGUCACGCAAACAGGCGCCAGAGACGUCCCACCCGACCCGGGUGGUGGAGCUGCUGAAGGACGGCGGCCUGGAGUGUCGGCCAGGGCGCGAUCACCUGACCGGGGCCACCGGGGUCGUUAAUUACAUCAUCAACGGCUCCGAGAGCGAGGAGGGAGGUGGAGCCGAGUGGAACGGGGACGGCAGCGGAUCUCUCCGGAGAAGCGGCUCGUUCGGGAAGAUCCGAGACGCCUUGCGACGCAGCAGCGAGAUGCUGGUGAAGAAGUUGCAGGGCGACUCCCCCCAGGAGCCCAGGAACCCCGGGAUGAAACGGGCCAGCUCGCUGAACUUCCUGAACAAGACCGGGGAGGAAGCCACUGAGCAAUCCGGGAGCAACCUUGCAGAUUCGAAAGCCCUGAGUGCCAGUAACGUGGAUUUAUCGAGGCGCAGCUCCCUGAGCAGCUUAAACUAACCGUCGCCCCGUGAGUGAGGGGGCGGGGUCACCACCCCCCACCACCACCACCACCGUCCUGUCCUCGCGCCUCGCUCUGAAGAGCUCAAUGGUUUUUCUUUUCAUUUCUCUGUUGCUCUGUUUUCCUGCACUACUGGAGAUACCACCGACUGGAGAUCCUUCGCUGUCCUCUGCAUGCUGUGCUUGCGUCAGUCCACAGGGCAAAGUCUAAAACUAUUCCUGGCGUUAAAGAGCAAGGUGUGUUUGUCUGCUGUGUGUGUGUGUGCGUGCGCGCGUGUGUGUGUGAAGGAGAGUUGUACCACAAUUAGGAAUGACUGCUAGAUAACAGUGCAUUAGACCAUCAGACCAUAAGAUAUAGGAGCAGAAUUAGGCCAUUCAGCCCAUCAAGUCUGCUCUUCCAUUGAAUCAGGGCUGAUUUUGUUUUCUCGAACUCCCUUCUCCCCCUCACCAAUCAAGAACCUAUCAACCUCUGCCUUAAAUACACCCAAUGACUUGGCCUCCACAGCCCUCCGUGGCAACGAAUUCCACAGAUUCACCACCCUCUGGCUGAAGAAAUUCCUCCUCCUCUCAGUUCUAAAGGGAUGCCCCUUCAUUCCAAGGCUGUGCCUCGGAUCCCAGGCUUUCCCACUGAUGGAAACAUCCUCUCCACGUCCAAUCUAUUCCAGGCCUUUCGAUAUCUGCUAGGUUUCAACGAGAUCCCCCCCUCAUCCUCUGAACCCCACUGAGUACAGGCCCAGGGACAUCAAAUGCUCCUAGUACGUUAACCCUUUCAUUCCCAGGAUCGUUCUUGUGAACCUCCUCUGGACCCUCUCCUGGGCCAGCACAUCCUUCCAGCACAUGUCAGCACAUACAGGACCCCAAAACUGUUCACAAUAUUCCAAAUGCAGUCUGACCAAUGCCUUAUAAAGUCUCAGCAGUACAUCCUUUUAUAUUCUAGUCCUCUUGAAAUGAAUGCUAACGUUGCAUUUGCCUGCCUUACUGCUGACUCAACCUGCAAGUUCACCUUUAGGGAAUCCUGCACUGGGACUCCCAAGUCCCUUUGCUCCUCCGAUUUCUGAAUUCCCUCCCCAUUUAGAAAAUAUUCUACACUUUUACUCUUCCUACUAAAGUGCAUAACCCCACACUUCCCCACGCUAUAUUCCACCUGCCACUUCUUUGCCCACUCUCCCAACCCGUCCAAGUCCUUCUGCAGACUCCCUGCCUCCACAACACUACCUGCCCCUCCACCUCUCUUUGUAAAGUCCGCAAACUGGGUCACAGUGCCGUCGGUUCCUUCAUCCAGAUCACUGACGUACAAAGUGAAAAGUUGUGGUCCCGACACCGACCCCUCGUCACUGACAGUGUCGAGGCGGUUGGUUAAAGGAGGGGCAAGAGUCAGCGAACGCUGGAAUCUGGCGCUACAACAAGCUGCUGGAGGAACUCAGCGGGUUGAGCAGCAUCUGUGGGGGGGGGGGGGGGAAUUGUCAGUGUCUUGGUUCAGGUCCUGUUGCAGGGUUUCGACCUGAAACAUUGACAAAUCCUUCCCUCCCACAGUUGCUCCUUGACCUGCUGAGUUCCUCCAGCAGAUUGUUUGUUGCAAUGGUUUAAGGGACUGUGUAAUUUGACAGCUCCACCAAGCAGCUAGCCCAUGUCCAGUGUGAGGCUUUUCCAGGAUGCCUGUACCCCGUCACAGCCUGGGUCCAAACAGUGACCACAACUGAAUCCCAGAGGGGAGGUGAGAGUAACUGCUCUUGGCAAGGAGCCCUGGUAAGGUGUUAAUGGCAUCUUUCCUACAGCAGGGUGACCAGGGCUGAGCACAGUUCUCCAAGUGUGGCCUCAUCUGUGAGUCUGGCAUUUUAAGGAUGUAGUCAUCGCGCUCUGCCUGAUGUUAUAAGGACUGGGUAAAUUAACUGUGGUUUCAAGAAGGGAAAAUCAUGUUGGAUGAACAUGGUGGAGGUCAUUGGGGAUGACAGGAGGGUAGAUCGCGGGUGCCAGUAGUUGGUGUAUAUUGACAGUUGUAAAAAAAAUCACAGUAAAGAUUGGGCAAAAGUUCCCCCCCCCCCGGGUUAGGGGACUCCAAAACUAGAGGGCAUCAAUUUAGGGUAAGAUUCAUAAGGGACUUGAGGGGCAACUUUUCCAUGCAGAGGGUGGUGAGUAUAUGGAACGAGCUGCCAGAGGGAGUGGGUGAGGCAGGUACAAUAGUGUCAUUUAAGAAGCACUUGGAUAGGUACAUGGAGGGGAGGGGCUUGGAGGGAUAUGGACCGAAUGCAGGAAAUUGGGUCUAGAUGAGUGGGCACCGUGGUCGGCAUGGACUGCUUGGGCCGAAGGGCCUGUAUCCAUGCUGUAUUGCUGUGUGACUCUGACUGUGUAGGGGUAUCAGAGUUACUGCAGUGGCUGGAACUGUACCUCACACUGGGGGAGGUGGUUGGUAUUGGUUUAUUAUUGUGACACGCACUGAGACACAGUGAACAGCUUGUGUCUGCGUGCCAUCCAGACAUCGGCACAUCGAGGUAGUAAAAAGGAAAAUGGAAUGCAGAACAUAGUGUUACGGUUACAGAGAAAGUGCAGGCAGACAAUAAGAUGCAAGGGCCACGAUGAGGUAGAUAGUGAGGUCAAGAGUUCAGCUUUAGCGUAUGAGAGGUCUGUUCAAGAAUCUGAUAACAGCGGGAUAGAAGCCAUCCUUGAGCCUGGUGGUACAUGCUGUCAGGCUUUUGUAUCUUCUGCCCGAUGGGAGAGGGGAGAAGAAAGAAUGACCCAGGCGGGUGGGGUCUUUGAUUAUGUCGGCUGCUUUCCCGAGGCAGCGAGAGGUAUAGACAGAGUCCAUGGAGGGGAGGCUGGUGUCCGUGAUGCGCUGGGCUAAGUCCACAACUCUCUGCGGUCUCUUGCGGUCCUGGGCAGAGCAGUUGCUGUACCAAGCCGUGAUGCAUCCGGAUAGGAUGCUUUCUGAGGUGCAUCUGUAAAAAUUGGUGCGGGCCAUCGGGGACAUGCCGAAUUUCCUUAGCCUUCUGAGGAAGUAGAGGUGCUGGUGAGCUUUCUUGGCCGUGGCAUCUACGUGGCUGGACCAGGACAAGUUGAUGGUGAUAUUUACACUGAGGGACUUGAAGCUCUGAACCAUCUCCGCCUCAGCACCGUUGAUACAGACAGGGGCGUGUUCAGUUCCAUUGACAGUCCAGUGGCAGGAAGGGCAAUGCUGAGGGAGGGGCUGCUACCCCUAGCAAGCUUCAGUGGGAAGGAAUUCACUUCACACCAUCCCUCUGCAGCUGGCAGUUCUGAAUAUCUGGAGCAUGGAUUUAACAAGGAGCAGGCUUGUUUUCUUUGCUGAGCUUUGUGAUGGCUGACUCUGUGUGUACGUGUGUGUGUGUGUGUACGUGUGUGUGUGUACGUGUGUUGCACCCUUGGCCCAUUUACAAGGGGCAGGAUUCCUCUGUUGGGAUUGUACAGUACACUUCAGUAUAUAGACAUCAGCACUAAAAUACAACAAACUUGUCAAUAGCUGGUUGCUUCUCCACCUCCUGUGUGUAUCCACCAUAGAAAUGGUUUCAGCUUUCUUUGUAAAUACAACAGAUACUGGCAAACGAUCUGAGUCUUUCCCCCAGCUCUAUACUCUAUUGCUGGUAUUCUGCAAGAUGCGAAGCGAAUUUAUGCCAGCACUGGAAUGGACUACCCAGCACUUCCUAAUAAAGCAGUGGGUGAUGUCAGAC